UUACAGAGAAGUCGAGGAUAUGGUUCUGUAGACAGUUCUCAAGGCAACCUGAUCGAGAUUCUGACUCAAUGGCGAUUGACCAAGCUGCUGCUGCAUUUGCCAUUGUUGCGUCAAAAAGGCAAAGCUUCUCGGAACCUAACAGUGAAAUGUGGGAGGAAGCUCCACAUCAAUCUUCUCCGAUACGAACAGAGAGCAAAAGAAUUGGCUCUGUAUCAAUAAGGGAUUUGGAAGGAACAACAUACAACAACAAUGAUGAAUAUGAUGAAAACCCAGCUACAAAAGUUGUUGGUCCUGUCUCAUCAAUGAAAAGGACACCAACAUUUGCUGAUAAGCCUGCCUCAUCGAUGAAGAAAGCUCCAAAAUUUUCUGAAAACCCUGUUUCGUCCAUGAAAAGGGCACCAUCAUUCAUGGAGAAACCUGUUCUAUCCAUGGAACGAUUGCCAGCUACGGCCCAGUUGCAACUGAACAACAUGGAUGGUAAGAGGAAGGACAACAUCGAUGAAUCACAUGUUGAGCAGCCCUCCAAAAGACCUGAAAUUUCCUUAGCAAAACCCGAUGGAACUAUUAACCCUGCAAUCCCACCUUCUAAGCCUUCCAAAAGGACUGGGAAUAUUGGAGAGUCAGCAGCAGAUGCAUGGGAGAGGGUUGAAUUGGAGAAGCUGAAAGACAAGUAUGAGAAGGAAGAAGAACAGAUUGUCUCCUGGGAGAGUGAAAAGAAAGAAAAAGCUAAACAUCGACUUGACAAAACUGAGAGGGAACCUGAGAGGACAAGGUUGAAAGCAUUGGAAAGGUUUCAAAGUGACAUGGACACUGUCACUCAGAUUGCAGAAGCAGCCAGAGCAAAGAUAGCUAGGAAGCAGAAGAAGGAAGAGUUGAGAGUGAAAGAGAAAGCAGACAUAUAUAGAAGCACAGGCCAAAUUCCAAGAAGUACAUGUUUCUGCUUCUGAGUGUCAGCCGUUACAUGGCGCUUUGUUGGGUUGAGGUUGAAUUAAUAAAUGUAAAUAAAGUCUAAAUAAACACUUAUUUCAUGGUUGUAUAUACAUAUAUCCAUAGAUUGAAUCUUUGUAAGACUAAGUUCUUUGUGUUGAACAAUAUUGAUAAAGAAGCAAAAGAUCCAUUACAAGAAGAAUGAUGAUAAAGGUUAAUGUUUGCUGCCAAAAUAGGAAAAUUUAAAUCAAAGUCGGUGUAAGCAGCACCAGCCAUCAACUACACAAAAUAGAUCCUUGCAAGUAU